AUAUUUAUAGAUGGCGCUGGAAUAGUUAAUAUUCCGGUUUGUCUUUUCAGUAAAUUAUAUAUAAAAAAACAAAUCAUAGAUUUGUUAACUUUAUAUUGUAAAAUAAUACCUAAAAACCAUGAAUUACUAAAUUGUUCAAAAGGCACUUUUUAUAGCUAUUGAAUGAAGAUAUUUUGCUACGUGGCAUAUGAAGUAAAAUUUCAACUGAAUCUUUAAAUUCGUAAAUGGAUAGCUCCGACAAUGAAAAACCUCUAUUAGCCAUCAGGCAAGAUGAUGACAAUAAUCAAACGAAAUAUUGGCCAAGAUCCGAGAAAAAAUAUUGGAUUAUAGCUUUAUGGUUUAGCUGUGCUUUUAAUUAUGCUUGUAGGACGGUAAUGCCAUUAUGUGCACCUGCUAUAAGUCAAGAGUUUGGAUGGUCAAAAACUCAAACAGGAAUUAUUUUAUCGUCAUUCUUUUGGGGAUAUACUUUAACUCAAGUUCUUGGAGGAUAUCUCAGCGAUAGGAUAAAUGGGGAAAAGGUUAUAUUCUUAGCUGGAGUUGGAUGGAGUGCAUUAACAUUCAUAACGCCAAAUAUAGCACACUUGUUUAGCUCUUCAUCACUUAUUUUUUUUUGCAUCAUUGUGUCAAGAAUUGUAAUCGGUUGCUUAGAAGGCGUUCACUUCCCAGCAUUAACUAGUAUUACCUCUCAACGUGUUAGCGAAAAAGAAAAAUCCUUUACCUUUACAUCGUCUGCAUCUGGAGCUCAAUUCGGAACUAUUCUUUGUGGAAGUAUUGGAUCUUUACUCUUAAGUAGAUAUGGUUGGACUUCUGUAUUUUAUUUUGUAGGAAUAUCAGCUCUUACAUGGGCUGCCGUCUAUAAGUUUAUAAUGCUGGAUAAGAAAAUGCGAAGUACUCAAAUUCUAAGCUUGCAAGAAAACUUGGUCCCGGGAAAAGUUAAAAAGCCUUUAAAAGUUCCUUGGAAGCUCCUUUUUUCCAAAAAAGAAUUUUGGUCAAUUAUAAUUGGUCAAUUUUGUAAAAAUUGUGCUUAUUACUUCCUACUGAACUGGCUUCCAACCUACUUUCACGAUAAUUAUCCUCAGGCCAAGGGUUGGAUAUUCAACGUUGUUCCAUGGCUAGUAAAUAUUCCAGCCUCUAUUUGUAGCGGCUACAUCGCUGAUGAAAUGAUCAGGAGUGGCUUCUCCAUUACUUUUGUAAGAAAGUUAAUGGCGGUCAUAACGUUAGUGGGUGUUGGAACGUGUCUGUUAAUACUUAACUUUACAACCACCUUUACAUCUGCUUUGUUUUGCAUGGCUGCUGCUUUACUAUUUUGCGGGUUUCACGGAGGAGGGAUACUUGUCAAUCCUCAAGAUAUAGCACCACAGUUUGCAGGAUCUGUCUUUGGUUUAAUGAACACGGCUGGUUCUAUACCCGGAUUCUUGGGAGUAUAUGUUACUGGAUAUUUGCUCGAUGUUUGGUCAAGCUGGGCAAUUGUCUUUACUUUAACUGCUUUCAUGUGUUAUUUAGGUUGUGCCGUAUUUCUUAUGUUUGGAACGGGCAAACCAGUUAUUCGUUAUGAAAUCAACUUGUGA